ACGAAAUCCGUCGGUUUUUGGGACUUGGGACGGUGGCUUCGGCUGUUGACAGGUCGAGUGUGGCGGUUAUUCAGUUUUUUUUGUCUUGGUGUGAUUAGAAUUCCCGAAGCCCGGGCGGCGUCCCUAGAAUGGGACCGAUGGUUCCAGUUCCAACAGAGGAGCGAUGAGCUCGGGAGCCCUAUCAAGGGGCUACGGGCCGCGCGCCUAACAACAUGAGGGAAGAAGAACUAGAAGUGGCCCUAAAGGUGGUCAUCGUGGGAAAUGGUGGGGUAGGCAAAUCAAGUAUGAUCCAAAGAUACUGCAAGGGAACAUUCACCAAGGACUAUAAAAAAACCAUAGGCGUUGAUUUUUUAGAAAGACAAAUAGAGGUCGAUGGGGAAGACGUCCGGCUUAUGCUGUGGGACACGGCGGGUCAAGAGGAAUUCGACGCCAUCACCAAGGCUUAUUACCGAGGAGCUCAAGCUUGCGUUCUUGCCUUUUCAACUGUAGAUAGAGACUCGUUCGAAGCCGCCCAUUCGUGGAAACUCAAAGUCGAAAAUGAAUGCGGCGAAAUUCCAACUGUGAUUGUACAAAAUAAAAUCGAUCUUCUCGACCAAGGUGUGGUCAGUCCGGAAGAAGCGGAACUCCUCGCCAGAGCCUUGGGCUGCAGGUUGAUUCGUACCUCGGUUAAAGAAGACAUUAACGUAGCCGCUGUCUUUCGUCAUUUAGCCUCCAAGUGCCUUGCAGAACUCCGGGAUCCCCGGGACAACGAUUACUUCAGCCCCCCCACCGCUUUCCACGAUUCACUAACCAUCAGUGCUUUUAAUCCUAGUCAUUCUUCCAAAAAUCGCAAUGGAACUAUAGUCCUUCGACCUAAUAAGCAAAAGAAGAAGAGAAACGUAAUACGAAAUGCUUGUAGAUUAUUGUAGAUUUAAAUUUGGUAAAAAGGCGAUGAAAAAUUCGUUUCGGAGAGAGAUUUGUUAUUGCCAUGUACAUUUUAUGUAGGUUUUAAUUAAGUGUAUGUUUGUAAAAAAUAAUUUAAAAGCAGUUUUUUGUAAGCGUAUUCUCUAAUGAUCUACUCCACUUUUCCCGAUGAUGUAUCAAAUUUGGUGGUCGAAUUUGUAACCAUUGUAAUUUUGUAUACAUAUUUUUGCCCGAUUUAAGUUUGUUUUUUCCUUAUCUUACUGUUAAUUAAGUGGAAUUUGUAUAUUUUUGCCGUAUAAAACAGGCCACUGGUGAAGUGCUAAUAUAUUUUAGUUUUAUGUAGUAAUUUACGUUUAUUUCAUUCGUAAUUUUGUUGACUCCGUUUGUAUUAUAUAAUUAACUUUGUAGUUUGUAAUUUUGUUUUUACACCUUUUCGAAGUCGGUAUCCACUAUAAAAAGUUUUUACCAAUGUAGUUUGAAAAUAAAUUGUUUGCUCAUGUA